AUGUUCUUGUUUCUGCAGAGUGACCAGCAGCUGGAUUGUGCCUUGGAUUUGAUGAGGCGUUUGCCUCCACAGCAGAUAGAGAAGAAUCUCAGUGACCUCAUUGACUUGGUCCCAAGCCUCUGUGAAGAUCUCCUCUCCUCUGUUGAUCAGCCAUUGAAGAUUGCACGAGAUAAGGUGGUAGGAAAAGAUUAUCUAUUGUGUGACUACAACAGAGAUGGAGACUCAUAUAGAUCACCAUGGAGCAACAAAUACGAUCCUCCCCUGGAAGACGGUGCCAUGCCAUCUGCUCGCCUGCGCAAGCUGGAGGUGGAAGCCAACAAUGCCUUUGACCAGUACAGAGACUUGUAUUUUGAAGGUGGAGUCUCCUCUGUCUACCUCUGGGAUCUGGAUCAUGGUUUUGCCGGGGUGAUCCUCAUUAAGAAAGCUGGAGAUGGAUCAAAGAAGAUUAAGGGAUGCUGGGAUUCCAUCCACGUGGUGGAGGUUCAGGAGAAAUCCAGUGGUCGUACUGCUCAUUACAAGCUGACCUCCACAGUGAUGCUGUGGCUGCAGACCAAUAAAACUGGUUCUGGUACCAUGAACCUUGGAGGGAGCCUUACCAGACAGAUGGAGAAAGACGAGACUGUGAGCGACUCCUCUCCACACAUAGCCAAUAUCGGACGCUUGGUAGAGGACAUGGAAAACAAAAUCAGAAGUACACUGAAUGAGAUUUAUUUUGGAAAAACAAAGGACAUCGUUAAUGGGCUGAGAUCUAUUGAUGCUAUCCCCGACAACCAAAAGUAUAAGCAGUUGCAGAGGGAGCUUUCUCAAGUGUUGACCCAGCGCCAGAUCUACAUCCAGCCUGAUAACUAAACCAAUCCAGGUACCCCCUGCCUGUGAGGUGUGACAACCAGCACUAAACCAGGACUCACCCAGCCAAGACCUCUGCAUGAUAACCGAGACCAGAACUAACCCCUAACUCCCGCAGACUGAUAAAUGACAUUUGAUCUGUGUUUCACCCAAGGGUUAUUUCUUAAUACGGCCAACUAAAUGCUGUGAUUUUUAUUUUAAAUAUUACUCCAUGCCUUCCCCCUCCCAUUUGAAAUAAUCACGCUCUGAAAUGUGGCAGGAUUUACCACUUUGCACUCUAGCUUGGGCACAAGAAAGGAGCAUGUGGUCCCCUACCCAAAGUGGAGUUAGCUUGGAUUGCUUCGAUCCAGAAGCCCUGGGACUCUGUCCCUUGUGCACCAUCAUUUUUUUUUACAGCUGUGGUACACCACUUCGGUGAAAAAAAACCACCCUGCAAUCUUUAGCAUCCUGCUUGCAGAAAGGUUGGAAAUCUUGGAAUUCUCACAGUUUUGAAAAAAAACAAACCAUGACUGGUACUUCCCAUGACUUCUGAGUAAACGUGAGCUCACCCCAAUGCACAUCCCCUGUUUGCCUGGUGUAUCUUGAAUUUCCUUGGAGCUUGGUCCUGCUCAAGCUCUGCUGAAACAUUUCUAGCCUCCACUUGCUUGUGCUCUGCACAGCCUCUAAAGGGAUUUGUUUUCGUUUGCUCUGGAGCUUUGAAUGUCUAGGAUGCACGGUGGUGACUAACCCCGAGCCAGUUUAACCUUCCACUCCAAUUCAUAAUGAGUUACAGAUGGUGUCUUACACAUGUUAAGCUGACGAAGGGGAAAAUGCACUGUUUGUUGAUAAUGGCCGAGAACCACUUCUUUAGCCUGUGACAAAUGCAAAUAUAAAAUGUAUAUAUUUUUAUUAAAGCAGUGGAAGUCUCCAGAGACAAGAGAAUGGAAAUACUGUUAUAAAAAUGUUAGGAAAAUAACUGACACAAAGAGCAGUCUUGUUUACAGGAGACAGCAUCCAGGCAAAAUAACGUAGCUUUGAGUACUGAAAAGGGUGUGAAAUGUGGUUUCUGUGGGGAGGAAUCCUACCAAACUGGAUCCUCACCACUGCUCUGUGUUAGCAGCUCCUGAAGUCUGGUGUUACUAUUCUACCAGUGAUCAUAUUUAAGGAUUUAUUUUUUUUUUUAACUGGAAAUGUCUUAUUGUACCAUUGAAAAUGGAGGUUCCUCAGCAGCUGUCUUGGAGGGCGGUGAGACAAAAUGAGAAAAGAAGAUCUUUUUUUCUAUAGCCAGACUUCUAGCAAAAGGGAAGUCUCGCUGACAGUAUCUCUGUUCUUUGGCUGCUUUGAUUUGCUAAUUACUCUAGGUAAGGCCCAAACUGGAAAAGCAAAUUUGAGAACAGAAAAACUGGCCGCUUUUCCCACUGGUGAAUAUGCUGGUGGGAGGUUUUGAUGCGGCUGCUCGACCCUGGGUGAACAGUCUGCAAAAAGGUUCAGGAGCUCCUCCAGCCUGGCCCUUUUCACGUUCGUGGGUGGAGGCUGGAUUUCCUCUGCCUUCCCAUCAGGGCCAUUUGGAGGGCGAGACCGCUGACGCCCUGUCGCUGGUGGUACCGCUGACGCCCUGUCGCUGGUGAUACGCUGGGGUUUUUCCAGUCUUGUAAUGUACAAAAUUGGGAAUCUCCCUCCAGCAACUGGAGGCCGAGUGGAACUUCUGGGGAAGCGUGUCUUUUGGUGCCAUCCUUGCUAGAGUGAAUUUUCCUUUGAUACACUCACUGAAGCGUUCACUUUGCCUUCUGCUUUCCAAAUUAAAACAGGCAAGCUGAGGUUUUUUUCUUCUAAGCCUGGGUUGAGGUGCUUCUCCUUCCUACUGACUCACCCGCCAGAAGAGCUGUUAAAGCCGCCUUCUCUCAAAUGCAUCGCCUCUCACUUGU